AUGUUGGCAAAGGUGAAUGUGAACUUACCUUUGCUAGAUGUGAUCAGGAAUGUCCCAGCUUACUUGAAGUUUUUCAAAGAGUUGGCCUCCAAGAAGAGGAGGUUCGAGGACAACGAGAAGAUUUUGGUGUCGGAGGUUGCAAACUCCAUAAUGCAACAGCCCUUACCGACCAAGCAACGAGACCCAGGUAGUUUUGUGAUUAAUAUUGCUUUGGGAAAUGGUAAGGAGGCCUCGGGAAUGUUAGAUUUGGGGGCUGGAAUCAAUUUAAUGCCUUACUCUAUUUUCAAGCAAUUAGAGUUAGGAAACUUGAAACCCACUCGUAUGUGUUUGCAAUUAGCCGAUAGGUCGGUGAGGUAUCCUCAUGGGGUAGUUGAGGAUAUUCUUGUUAGAGUGGGUGGUUUGAUUGUACCUGUUGAUUUUGUUGUCUUGGAGAUAGGAGAGGUACAUGAAAAUGGCAAAGAACAUACUCUAUUGCUAUGA